GGACGAGCCUUUCCUUGAACGCGCACUGACGCUGCCUCCUUUUCCCGAGGGCGGGGGGAGUGGAGACACCUCCACGGGCACUGCAGACUGGAGAGGGUUGGUCAACAUGGCGUCUGAGCAGGAGAGUUCCAAUGGGCCAGUGAAGAAAUCCAUGCGAGAGAAGGCUAUUGAAAGACGCGGUAUCAACAAGGAACACAACAGUAACUUCAAAGCAGGCUAUGUACCCAUAGAAGAGGAGCGUCUCCAUAAGACAGGGCUGAGAGGACGCAAGGGAAACCUGGCUAUUUGCAUCAUUGUCCUCCUCUUCCUUCUUGCCUUAAUUAACCUCAUCAUCACACUGGUAAUAUGGACAGUGAUCCGUAUUGGUCCGAAUGGGUGUGACAGUAUGGAGUUUCAUGAGACUGGCCUGCUGCGCUUCAAACAGAAGGCAGACAUGGGCAUCGUUCACCCACUGCACAAGAGUACAGUAGGAGGCCGGAAGGACCAGGACCUGGUCAUUGUUGGCAACAAUAACCCGGUCGUGUUCCAGCAAGGCACUACUAAGCUGAGUGUUGAGAAGGACAAGACCUCGGUCGUCAGUGAUGUUGGCAUAUCUUUCACUGACCCUCGUACACAGACCACAUUCUUCAGCACAGACUUCGAAAACCAUGAGUUUCAUUUGCCAAAAGGAGUCAAAGUCCUCAGUGUUAAAAAAGCUUCCACAGAAAGGAUCACCAGUAGUGCAACAUCUGACCUGAACAUCAAGGGGGACAGCAAGGCCAUCAUUCGUGGUAAUGAGGGAGUCAACAUCAUGGGCCGGACUGUAGAGUUUAAAAUGGGUGGAGGCAUUGAGCUCAGAGCUGAGAACAGCAUUGUCCUCAAUGGAUCAGUUAUGUUCAAUGCUACACGCAUCCCUCACUAUGCAGGAGAUGUGUAUUUCGAUGACGGUCUGGAGAGGUACAAGCUCUGCAUGUGUGCAGAUGGGACUCUGUUCCGUGUGCAGGUGAAAUAUGCCAACAUGGGCUGCCAGACAUCAGACAACCCAUGUAGAAAAGCUCACUAGGAGACUGAUCUGGAAAGUGCUGAAUCUUUCUACAAUCUGUCACCGUUGAAAUCAAAUUUUCAUAGGUAAAAGAUUCUAUAUGAUAUGGAUCAUGAUUUGCACAUAAUGAAAUCUCUGCAGUUCACCUGACAAAUACUGUUUGCCAAACAAUAAUGGAGUUACAGAUCAUUACCACUUGGCCAAAGAUAUUAACCUAAAUGUAAGUGCUAAGUAUUUAUUUUAUCACUCUGCAGAUGUGCCAACACGACCUAAAGUUUAUAAUCCCAUAUAAGUGCAUAAGAAUUUAACAUUGUACUGUGGUUUAAACUGCCCAUUCUUAUCAGUUAGCAGCUACAGUGUUUACGUUUUGCCUUACCAUCCACUAUUACUAAUAUACAAACUUUGUAGAGGGGUUGUAUAAGAUUUUCUGUUCAUUGUCCCUGGCAGAUUUGUUUGAUAUUGACUUUAUUCUCUUGACUGACAAAUGUGAGACACUAUAAGAUUAUAUUGAGUUAUCUAAUGCUCAAUAUAAUAUGUAUGACUUACUUUAAUACAAAAUAUACAUUUUGCAUUGAAGGGCAUACAAUUGUACAGGUGCACCUAAUAAAGGGGCCCGUAUAUAUUCUAAUUUUGUUGCUAAAGGUUUUUGUACAACAAAAUAACUUAGUGUUUGCACUGAGAUGAACUACAGAUUAAUGCAAAUCUCUUUAAAUGUAGAUGUACGUGAAUGUCAGGAGAGUUUAAAUUAUCAGUAACUUGGUUUGAAGCUCAUAUUAAGUGAUUAGAAUUUUGUGCAAUAUAGUAUAAAACAGUUGACUUUUAUUAUGCUUUGGAUUGUAUUGUCUGUUUUGUAACAGUGCUCAUGUUGACAACAUUUGUUGUUAAUGUCAUGAAGUAGUUGUUCUCAGUACAUUACAGACCUGAUGUCUGUUGUGAAAGUUUGGAGUGCUUUUGAUCCACAUAAAGGAAAACAGGAAAGAAUGGCAGCCAGCCCUAUUUAAGAUUUUGUUCAACAUGUCAUUGAUAUGUCUGUUUCAGUAAAGAAACAUGAAAAUGUGAAACUUCUUAUUGUUGAUUUCAGACGAUAUCUCCAGUGUUUACAUGGUCAUUUAAAGCCAUAAAAGAAGA